AUGCAGCUGCCAGUCGAGGCGAUGCUGGAGGAGCCCCACGAGCUGCGAAGGCUGCUGGAUGGCGCCUCAGGCGCCAAGCUGUACCCGAUCCCGAUGGUGGAGAAGCCGGGCCGCUCGGAGAGCAUGUCCAGCCGCAUCCGCCAGCGCUAUUGCAAGAAGAUGGCCUUGCGUGCUUUGGCUAAUGAGUAUAUCCUUGCUCUAAACGCCAUGUACCAGGGCACCGCCAGGAGCUCACCAGAGGCCGUCGUGAAGAGGAACGUCGGACGAAGUUACGGCCUCUACACCAGCGAGUCCAUCGACUGGCUCUACGCGAGGCGGGACAUGAAGCAUUACGAGCUGAUGCAGUUGAUGAGCCCUGUGAUCCUCGUCGAGUGCCUAUGUGCAGCACUCGCCAAUGUGCAUUUGCCAAGUGACGCGUUGUGUGCCGCCGCUUGUGACCAGAGCAAUGCGUUCACUUCGGUAGAGGUUCCAGAGUGGAUGUGGGCCUGGCAGGCGGUGCCCCCACUUCGUGCCGGUCUAGUCUGGGAUGCUCUCCCCUGGGAACUUCGAGACAGAGUCUGUCCGGGAACCUGGAUCUACCCCAUGUGGAAGCGGCUCGUCAUGGGCGGCUCCCACAGCGUGCACAUUCUCAUGAAUAUUAAUAUGACUUGCGGGGGGCGGACUCUGAUCCGAAGUUGUGGGCUUCGGCGGGGCGUCUCGGAGGAGGAUUUCGACGUUGACGAAGGGGGGAAGUUCUCGGGCAGGAGCGACGAGGUUUGGGCCGCCGACCAAGACUUCAGGAAGUCCAGGGACUUGAAUGACCAGGUCACGAACCCGGGCACGGGCUACACGGGCGAGUCUUGGGUUCGGAAGGUCACAGAGGUCAAGUCGUCGGGUGUUAAGGUCUUCGUCGUCAUGCAUCUGUUCGCGGGUCCCCGUAGGCCUGGGGACGUGGAAGAGUGGCUGGGAGUUCUUGCGGCCCAGCGCGGGCUGGAACUGCUGGUGCUGUCCUGCGACCUCGCCCAGGAUCCUCUUUGGGACCUCACGCUGCCGGAGACCUUCCAGAAGCUUUGGGGCCUGGUCGUUUUGGGGCACAUCGACGCGAUCCUGGGAGGGCCGCCCUGCUCCACCUGGUCCAGGGCCCGGUUCGUCAAGUUGCUGGGGGGCCCGAGGCCCCUCAGGUUCCGAGGCAAGUACGGUUGUGGUCGGCCCGAGGCCGAGCUGACGGGCCCCGAGAGGGCUCGAGUCCAGGAGUCCAACGUCCUGUCCCUCAACUUCCUGGCGCUCUGCGAAGGGGUCUCGUCGAGGGGAGGAGUCCAUAUACAUGAACACCCAGAGGAUCCUGGAGAGGAGCCGUAUCCUUCGAUUUAUAGUACAGAGCUGACGUGCGCCAUGGAGGAGCGCACCUCGGCUGUGCGUGUCAGUCUUGACCAGUGCAUGUACGGCGGGCCAGCGAGAAAGGCUACCACGCUGUCCGGCACCGCCGACGGACUGCUGGAGGGUGAGUGUCGUUGCGAUGGAAAUCACCAGCAUCAGAGGAGCACUGGACGCAUGAGGGUGGAGAACGGGAGACAAGGUUUCUACGCCACCGCCUUGGCUGCCUACCCCUCCGGCCUCAGUGAGUUUCUGGCGUCGUGUGUCGCGCGGAGUUUCGUGCGUAUGCUACGAGAGGAGCGUGAGAAAGGUACCGUUGUUCCUCAGCGUCCCUUGGCCGCCCGUCUGUCUCAGUGGCCCAGGCCCAGCAGUCAGGAGGGGGAGAGGGGCUUUCACGUACUCAACGAGAAGAGCGCUAGGAUGCAGAACACCACCUUGAUUAAGGGCGACCUAGGGUUUUACCUUCACAUAGACGAUGGUUUGAUGAUGUCCGACGGGGCCGACUUUGUGGGCUCCGAGCGGGCCGCCGACUUCUUCAUGCAUCGGGCCGCCGAUGAGCUAGUCAACAUAGGUUUCAAGGUCACGGACCGCAGGGAGUCUUGGGAGCUGGACAAAAUUGUUGGCUACGAGGUUCAGAGUUCCCCCGCUCGGCUUCGUCUACCUACCCGUAAGGCUGCCGUACUCUAUGAGGCCAUGCUCUUCCUGGAGAGCCGUGCUUGGGUGUCCCUGGAGGCCGCCUCGAUCGUGCUGGCCACGGAUGCCGAGGGCUCGAACGGCCUGGACUGUGGGGGCUUGGGCAUGGUUGCUACCGCUCUCCCCGACCGGGGCGUUCAGAGGCUCUGGGAGGCCGGGGCCAAGCCGGGUUUCGCCCUCACGCGCAUGGGCCACGAGAGGAAAGUUCUACAGAAGGGUUCCGGAGCUCUCGUACCCACCCUGCCCGUCUCCGCGAUCCCGAAGGAUUUCUGGGAGCUGUCCAGGUGCUGGGUCCCGGUCGCCGCGGGGAGGUGGAAGUGGGAGGAGCAUAUCACGGUCAGCGAGAUGAGGUCAGUGAUCUUGAUGCUUGAGAGGGUCGUCGUGGUCGAAGGUUUCUUCCGCUGUAAGCUGAUCUCUUUUGAGGACAACAUGCCCGUUGCGUUUGCAAUAGCCAAGGGGAGAUCAUCGGCGGGCCCCCUCGACUUCCCCCUGCGCAGGCGAUGCGCGUUGUGCGCGGCGGCCGAGAUUAGGCUGCUCCUCCCCUGGGUCGAGACCUGGCGGAUGCCGGCGGACUGGGUCUCCAGGUGUAAGACAUGGCAGGAGGUACUCGAGGGAGCGCAUCAGGAGCUGCAGGACCAGGCCAGGACGGACCGCACCAUCCAGAACUGA